CAGUGUUGACAUGGCCGCCGGCAGUGCGACGUUGCUGCUGCCGCUGGUGCUGGCAUUCGCGCUGUCCGCCUGCGGGACUGCUGAGGGUAAUGAGCUAAGUGGCCGGGAAGUAUCGGCAUGGCUGACCUCGGGGCCACGGCCGGGGCGAAUCGCGAGAGGCACAAGGGCGGGCAGCAGCUCUGGGGGCAGCCGGACGUCCAAGACGGGGACGAGCUCUGGGGGCGGCGGAACGUCCAAGACGGGGACGAGCUCUGGGGGCGGCGGAACGUCCAAGACCGGCACGACGAGUACCGGCGGCCGGCGGGCGUCAGACGCGGGGCAGAGUUACGCAGGCGGCAGCGCGACCGGGCAGAAGGGGAAGGCCACCACCAGCAAGCCCCUGCCUGCCAGGGACACGACCGCGCCGUCGUCCACUGGCCUCUCCGCGAGCCGCCGGCGGUCGACAACGACGACAACGACGACGACGACGACAACCACCACCACCACUGCCAGAGUGCCGUCUUCCACUGCAGCAACUAGCGCCAGCUCACCGGCGCUGACCCCGUCAACGACACCGCAGCUACCCGUCUACAACUCGACGAGCACCCCCAUGCCUGCUGCAGACAGCAACGACUCUGCCUAAGCUCUGCGAGCUGAAGGCGUAAAUAUUAUUGUGGCGGUGUAGAACUACUGUUCGUUUCUGUGACCUAUAACGGAGAAAGAACCAGUAACAGUGACCAAGAGAAUGUGCACGUGUGUUUGCCUGUCCUUGAAGCUUAUACUUCCGCUUUGCUACUAAAUAUUGAAUAACUAUUUCAAGUUUUUUUCUACAAUAUGUAUUCUACUUUCAAUAAA